GUUUCGUCGUGGGGUGAUGACGUAGUCAAAACGACAAAAACUCCAUUAAUGGCUGUCGGAGCAAAGAAACAGAAGGGAGGACGAACGCAUUCCUUCGGGGACGUCCUCACAAAGUGACGUGCACAUAGCUGCCGAUGUUUAUGAGAUAUUUUGCCAGGUUUUAUUCAGCUAUGGCUGGACCCAGGCCUGUGGUGUUGAGUGGCCCAUCCGGGGCAGGGAAAAGCACUCUGCUCAGGAAGCUCCUGAAGGAAUACAGCGGCGUCUUUGGCUUCAGUGUCUCACAUACAACAAGAAAUCCGCGACCCGGAGAAGAGAAUGGCAAAGAUUACCACUACGUCACGAGGGAAGCCAUGGAGGCUGCCAUCGACAAAGGCGAUUUCAUUGAGAACGCAGAGUUUUCCGGGAACCUGUACGGAACGAGUAAAGCGGCUGUGCAAGACGUUAAGGACCGCAACCUCAUUUGUAUACUGGACAUAGACAUGCAGGGGGUGAGGAACAUCAAGAGCACCGACCUCAAUGCUAUUUACAUCUCCAUCCAGCCUCCAUCUUUGGACGUCCUGGAAAAUCGUUUGAGGAACCGGAAAACAGAGUCAGAGGAAAGCCUCCAGAAGCGUUUGCACGCUGCCAAGAUGGACAUGGAGUUUAGUAAAGAAGCUGGCGUGUUUGACGUCAUCAUUGUUAAUGACAACUUGGAAGAAGCUUACGGACAGCUAAGAGAUGCUCUUCUUGAGGAAAUUAACCAGGUCAAGAAAGUCAACAUGUCUUCGUAGGAGACGAGCAUUGUAAUGCCAUUUCUAAUCCCACACAGCCACUCCUGUCUAAAACAUCUACUACUCUUGUUGUGAACAUUCCAUCCAAAAGAUGGUCGGGGGAAAAAAAAACAGAAGACACCCCCGUCUACUGAAUGUCGAAAGGUGUAGGUUUACAUGGUGUAUAGAGAUGUAGUUCAUAAUCAGUAUUGUAAAGUGGAUCGUGUUUCUUUUUUUUUUGUAUUUGCAUUUGUACAAUAGAAAAACUCAGCUAUUGUAUGAUUCUGUGAUAGGUGACUGGUACAGUAUGCAGUGAUCAAAAUGUUAAACGACUAAUGGCGCGGAUACACGUUACUGAAGUCAUUCCGACAUGUGGAACAAUUGGUCUGUGUAGCUCAGUUAUGCCGCAGUAGCACUUUGUUGACUAUCAAAGACACAUUGAAUUUAAAGGGGAGCAUGCAAGUCAGCUGAAACCAUGUCCGUUGAAAUUCCAGUUAACACUUCUUUACAUUUGUGCUCAUCAUGUGCUGUUAAGUUUGGUUUGCUAAAAAAAACAAGAUGUGUUGUUUUAGGAUGAUAUCCAAUAUUUUAUGUGUUUAACAAGUAAUUGUGGCUUUUAGAGGUGCUUCAAUAGAACAACCAAACACGUUUGUUUUCUUUUGUGGUAUAACUACCUGCAGACUCACCUGUACAGCACACUUUUGACUUCUUGCUAAAGGAAAGACAAUUAAACAGCCUGUUUGUCCAUUGUUGUUGUUAUUAAUUUCUUUCCCCAAUGACUCAUUUAACUUGGUUCUCCCAUGACAAUCCAUUUUUAGGCGUGGAUGAGGGCAAUGUUCCUGUUCAUUUUUCAUGUGUCUGAGCAUACACACAAACGGUCUGAGCAUUGUCCGAUGUGAGCGCCAUCGGACGUGUACACUUGUAGUAUCACACCUGUCCAAAACCUGGUAGUCCAACUUCCAUUCUGUGGUAUUUUGUCUAUGAGUUGGUUCAAAAGGUCAGCAAGGCGUAUUUAACAAUGUAGCUUUCUUUUUUGUCCACCUCAGACAAAACAAGCCAUGGAACUAUCUCAUCUAAUUCAUGAUCCGGAUCUUGUCGGAAACACCUAGCGUACUUCAUUUUUCCAUUUCUUUCCUUGUUUACCAUUUAUUUUGUUAAUUAUGUAUACUUGUGUUUCCAUUUUAUUUGGCAGCAGCCUGUUCUGGCACUGUUUGUACUUGAAAGUGAUGCCACAUGUGCUGUAUGUGUUUACGUUUGUCUAAAUAAAAAAAAUGAGAAAAAACCAAAAACGACCACCUUCCGGUCCCUUUGGCGUCA